AUGGCGGCUCAGCCGCCGUCUUCCGGUGCGCCGGCGGCAGCCGGAGACACCAAGCGCACCCCGAAGCGGAAGCCCAAGACAAAACCAGCUGCCCCCUCCGCCCUAAACCCUAACUGGGCCCAGCUCCAGUCCAAGCUCCCUGCAUCCACGUUCCUCGGCAAGCGCAAGCACCGCCCCGCCCCUUCUCCGCCCCCUGAGCCGUCUCCUACCCCGGAGGCGGCGGAGCUGAGUUUCAAGCUUGAGCCGACCUCUGACGACACCAGCUUGACGAAGGCGUUGGCGCUGGAUUGCGAGAUGGUCGGGGUUGGGGCCGGUGGCAGCAAGAGCGCCCUCGCCAGGGCCACCUUGGUUAAUUCCUUUGGCAACGUUGUAUAUGAUGAAUAUGUGCGACCAAUGGAGCGAAUUGUGGACUACCGUACCCAUAUUAGUGGGAUUAGACCUAAGCACAUGAAUAAAGCCAAAGAUUUCUCGAUCGUUCAGAAGGAUAUAGCUGAGCUUAUCACAGGAAGGGUUCUUGUUGGACAUGCCUUACACCAUGAUCUUAAGGUCCUGCUACUAGGUCACCCAAAAAAGGACAUAAGAGACACCUCAGAAUAUGAGGUUUUCCGACGGGAGGGCAAGCGGAGAUCGUUGAAAGAUCUUGCUGCUCAAGAACUUUCUGUUAAGAUACAACAGCAAGAGCACUGCCCGAUUGAGGAUGCUCGCGCAGCAAUGUUCAUUUACAAGAAGCACAAGAAAAGUUGGGAGAAGAACAAGAAAGAGCAAUUCAGGUUCAAGAACAAGCAGAAGAAGCGAGGCAAUAAGAAAUCUGCUGAAGCCAAUGAGAAGGACCCCAAUGUCCCAAUAGUUCUACUGUAG